GCGUGCGGAAUGUUCUGGGCAACUGACAGCGAAUCCCUGGAAUACCGCUUCCGCCGAAGCCUGCGUUAUGUUAUCAAGGACCACGUUCAUUCUUGAUCUUCACUGAAAACUACUGUCUGUGGCUGCAUUCCGUUAAAAUGCAGACCCUAACACCACACGUGUAUUGGGCUCAGCGGCAUAGCGAAAUUUACCUGCGAGUGGAGCUGAGUGACGCUCAGAAUCUCGACCUUAGCAUACAGGACAAUGUCCUUUACUUUAAAGCCCAGGGUCAUGGUGCAAAAGGAGACAAUGAGUAUGAGUUCAGCUUGGAGUUUCUGGAGCCAGUGAAGCCAGAGGUAACUCAUAAGUCCACACAGCGCCAGGUGAACAUUACAGUUAAAAAGCAAGAGUGUUCCUGGUGGGACAGGUUGACGAUGCAGGAGCGCAAGCCAGUCUUCCUGGCCCCAGACUUUGACCGCUGGCUGGAUGAGUCUGACGCCGAGAUGGAGCUUCGUGCUAAAGAGGAGAAAAUAAACAAGGUCAGCAUCGAGUCAAGGAUUCCUAAAGAUCCAUUCCUGAACCUGAAGAAGGGCUAUCUGUUUAUGUACAACCUGGUUCAGUUCCUGGGCUUCUCUUGGAUCUUUGUCAACAUGACUGUGCGCCUCUUCAUACUGCAGGAAGAUUCCUUCUACGACACAUUCCACACCAUUGCUGACAUGAUGUACUUUUGUCAGAUAUUGGCUGUGGCAGAAGUGAUUAACCCUGCCUUGGGCCUGGUCAAGACUGGGGUCAUCCCUGCCCUAAUUCAGGUGGUGGGGAGAAACGUCAUCCUCUUCGUCAUCUUUGGGAGCCUGGAGGAGAUGCAGAACAAGGCUGUGGUGUUCUUCGUAUUCUACCUGUGGAGCAUCAUUGAGAUCUUCAGGUACCCAUACUACAUGCUUGCCUGCAUUGACACACAGUGGAAGAUGCUCACCUGGCUGAGGUACACCAUCUGGAUGCCCCUGUACCCACUGGGAGUGCUGGCAGAGGCGGUGGCCGUUAUCCAGUCUCUGCCUAUUUUCGACGAGACGCGUCUGUACAGCAUUCCUCUGCCCAAAGCCUUAGGCCAGUCCCUCAGCUUCUCCUACAUCCUGCAGAUCUACCUGGUGCUCAUGUUCCUGGGCCUCUUCGUCAACUUCCGCCAUCUCUACAAGCAGAGGCGACGACGAUUCCGCUCCAAGAAGAGAAAGGCCAACUGAGAAGCCCAGCAUCCUCAGAUCACCAGGAGGUCCCUUUCCACUGCUGGCUGCCUUCCCUUUGUCAACACAGCAAUCAUUACCCUUCUCCAGCUUGUACCCUGACCCCACCCCCACUGUAGCGCACUCAGAUAUCAUAGGACCUCCUCUUAAAAGCCAACACAAGUGCAUUCUUUUUUUUUUUUUUUUUUAAACAUCUCUGUGCAUGAGUCAAAAUAUGAAAAAAAUAUUUGCUAGAUACUGAUAGAGGAGGCUGUAAAGUACCACAAGUCUCCCUCAUUUAAGCACAACAUGCUACUCUAUUCAAAAUGUAGCUUAGUGGGCUCACCUCACCUUGUACUGCAGCUGCUGUCUGCACCCCCUGUCCUGCUCCUGUUCCACUGUAACCUACAGCCUUCGCAACAUUGUGGGUUGUACAGCCCCCCCCCCCCCCCAUCAUGUCAUCAUGCCCCUAUGAGUCACACAAGGAGCGUACUCUAGUAAAAGACUUCCUCUCAUUCACAAAACAAAUGCGGUACUUUAAAUGAAGGGAUACGGUAAAAAUAUUUUUAAGCAUUGCAUUGUCAUUUUACUUUCGGAUUUUUUUUUCCAACUAUGAUUUUAGUUGAAACAGGCUCAGAUCUACAGUAAAGAUGUCAAUGCCUGAUAUUACAAACAUGACAGUAUUCUAUAUUGCCCUAAAGCAAAUUUCGUUAGGCUCUGGGAUCACUCAGUAAGGAGAGCAGGGGAAAGGACAGGUGUAGAGGAGCAUUAAGACAUGGCACAGGGCUUAUGCACACAACUAGGGGUGUAAAUCUCAGCUUUCACCACAACAGGAUACGAUUUUGAUUCUUAAGGCAAGGUUCGAUAUUUGGCAAUAUCACAAAUUCUGCUACAAUAUAAUCCAAAACGAUCUGAUAAGCAAGAAGCAAUCUGGAUCGAUGUAUCGUUACACCCCUAUGCGCAACCUGGUUUUUUCUUAGUGGAAGGCCUCAUAGCAAGCAAUACCAUAAAAAACCAAUGGUAAUUAACUUAACAUAUUAACUUUUGAGUUAUUCAGUUAACGGUGCUUACCAGUACUAUCCUUACUGGGGUACUGACUAAAUGUUGUUUUUGGUUGAACUGUUUUUUAUUUUUGAAUUAUUGUUAUUUGUUAAGCAUUGCACUAUUUUUUCUCUGAAAACUUGUGAAGAACAUAUAUGGUUUGAUCUAUUACUGUGUUGGCCAUUGCAUCUGUUCCGAAACAUUAUGUUACCAGUUGCUUGAAUCCAUUUCCCUUAUCUCUCCUUGAAUGAUAGAGGCAGCGCUUGGAAAAUGACAUUGAACACAUUCCGUACAUGCACGUCAACCCAAGGCAGUUUUGAAGCAAACCAUCAUGGAGUUUUCAAUUGCUUUCCAGUGAGGCAGGACCAAAGUAUAGGCAGUCUUAACUGUACAUUUCAGCCUCUCGUUUCUACAGUGUGUGCCGACAAUGAUGCGUGUGUCGGGACGGUUUAUUUCAGUUGUGGGAGCAGGGAACUUCCCCAUCCGGCUGAUCGGGCGGAAUCACUUCCUGUCAAACACCAAUCCCUGGACAGAUUUCUCCCUGAAUGUACCCUAGUAAUAAUAAUAAAGGGCAGGUUACCAGGAACCUCAGGGAAAGCAGGCAUUUUAAACAAGACUGAAGAAAACACUGGAACCUUGUUUCAUGUCUUUACACCAGUAUAUGAUGGCAGACGAUAACUGAAUGGCACAAAUGGUUUGAAGAUUAUUGUAUUACUGGCAAAGAAAUAAACAUUUGAUGAAGAA